AACCUCUGUAUGCCGCGGGUGUGGCCCUUAAAAGACAAAAACAAAGAACAAAACAAGCACUGGAGGAAGUGCCCGCCCCUCUUGGGGUCCAGGGAGGCUUUCUGGGGGCACCUGGCAGAAGCCUGCCCUCCUCUCUGUUUUCUGAGCCUCCGCCUCUCCAGGAGUCCCCAGAGGGGCGGGGUCCCGAGCCGCCAGAGGCCAGGCCUUGGGGGCCCCACCUACUCCCUCUGUCAGCACUUCCUGCAUGGGCAGGCGUUGACAUGGGACCCGCCCAGCUGGGGCCCCAGCUGCUCGCAGCCCUGCUCCAGCCCCAGCCUGAGCCAGGGUGGCCAUGGGUGGGUUCAAGAGCUCCUGCCGUCAGCCCUUCCUCCUAGGCCUGACCAUGGGCCCCGUCCUGCCCCCGCCAGCCCUGGUAGCAGCAGGUCCAGCACUGUGGAGCCCCGCCCCAUGCUCAGCAUCCACAACGGCGUGAUCGCCGUCUUCCAGCGCAAGGGGCUGCCCGACCAGGAGCUCUUCAGCCUCAACGAAGGCGUCCGGCAGCUGCUGAAGACGGAGCUGGGGUCCUUCUUCACGGAGUACCUGCAGAACCAGCUGCUGACGAAAGGCAUGGUGAUCCUGCGGGACAAGAUCCGCUUCUACGAGGGACAGAAGCUGCUGGACUCCCUGGCCGAGACCUGGGACUUCUUCUUCAGCGACGUGCUGCCCACACUGCAGGCCGUCUUCUACCCGGUGCAGGGCAAAGAGCCGUCCGUGCGCCAGCUGGCACUGCUGCACUUCCGGAAUGCCAUCACCCUCAGCGUGAAGCUGGAAGACGCUCUGGCCCGCACCCGCGCCCGCGUGCCCCCUGCGGUUGUGCAGAUGCUGUUGGUGCUGCAGGGCGUGCACGAGUCCCGGGGAGUGACCAAGGACUACCUGCGCCUAGAGGCGCUGAUCCAGAAGGUGGUGUCGCCCUACCUGGGCACCUACGGCCUCUACUCCAGCGAGGGUACCUUCACCCACCCCUGCAUCCUGGAGAAGCACUUACUGCGCCGCUCACGCUCCGGGGACGUCCUGGCCAAGAACCCGGUGGUGCGCUCCAAGAGUUACAACACGCCGCUGCUGAACCCCGUGGCGGAGCACGAAGCCGAGGGCGCGGCGGCCGGCAGCACGGGCAUCCGGCGACACUCCGUCUCUGAGAUGACGUCCUGCCCCGAGCCCCAGGGCUUCGCCGACCCGGCCGGCCAGGGGCCCCCCGGGACCUUCAGGCCCUCCCCGGCGGGGCCCUGCCCCAGCAGACUGUACCCGCCGGCCCAGCCCCCGGAGCCCGGCCCGGGCCCGGCCCGCAGCUCCCCGGCCUCCUCCAGCCCCGAGAACCUGGUGGACCAGAUCCUGGAGUCGGUCGACUCGGAUUCGGAAGGGAUCUUCAUUGACUUUGGCCGGGGCGGGGGCGCUGGCACGUCGGGGUUUGAGGGCGCGGGGGGCCGGCAGAGCGUCGUGUGAGGGCUGCGUGCGUUCCCACCGACCCCGCGUGUGUGCCCGUGCGGUGCGUGAGUGCGAGAAUUUUCUACUGUCCCGUCCAGCCCCCGACGGCCGCAGCCCUCGGCCUUCCCGAGUCUCUGUCGGAAAAGCUGCAGCCGCCACCACCCCAGACCCCGCGCCUUCGUUCUGGGGCGGCGGCGGCUCGCGGAGCCCCGUCUGCGGGAUCGGGCACCGCCACCCCGACCCCCCCACACACACACCGCCCUCCAGGGCCCACACCACGGAGACUGUGAACCCCUCUGCCUGGCCUGGCCCCCAGGGUGACAUGGCCGGUGGCAGACCUGGUUUCCCCUCGCCCACUUGCUCCAGCCACAGCGUGACCUCCCAAGCGUGACUCUGCCCCAGACCCUCCAGCGGUCCUGGUGGCUGGGACAGGAGGCGGGUGGAAUAAAACUUGUCUAUCUGGC